AUGAGCGGCGAGAGCUCGGAGACGAAAGAAACCGAUUGCGUCGCUGGUCCCGCGUCCUCCGCGGGUGGCGCCUCGCAAGUUCUAAGCUCAUCUUCUGCCGCUGCGACCGUUGCGACCGCUGCGACCGCUAACAACAGGCGGCAAGCGAAGGGGACCGCCGCCGCAGCCGCUUCUACCACCCCCGAGCGUUCUCCGCCUUCCGCCUCUGUGCGAGGCAGCCCUCCGGAUCAGCAGCAGCUUGUGACUAUGUUUCAAGCGCUCACGCCGGGCGCGGAAGCUCCGCGCGGAGAGCUCGGCGGAGGAGCGGCGGGCGCGCGGCCGACGACGGCGGCGGCGGCGGCGCAGCCAGGUUCAGCCCCGGCCGGCAAAAAUAUCUCUGUUCCCCCCCGUCACCCGCAGCCGCACUCGGGGCGAAAGAACGCGGGCGGCGCGGAUCGGAGUGGGGCUCCUGGAACGAAAGCAGCAGCAGCAGCGGGUAGCACGGUGGGCGGCGUGGGUUCCGGGAGCUCGGGUGGAUCUGGCUUGGGAGGGAGCAGCGCCGCGGAUGCAAUCGCGCGAAGACGUCCGGGUGAAGAGGGCUCGGCGCUUGCGGAACAACGCGCGCCAAUGGAGGGCCUUGCGGAAGUACCCUCGGAAGCACUAGCUGCGGCCGUUAUUGCCGCGAUCGUGCCCACAGAAGGUGCUGUGCCGAAGGGAAAUAUUGCUUCGGGAACGUCAGGCGGAGCACGCAACUCUCUAGGCGCGUGGUGGAGUCAUUUCCAGCAACAUUCUCUCAACGGUUUUCCUGCCAUGCAAGAAGGGAUACCAGCCAUAGGUGCGGGCAGGCAGAGGUCCCGUGGAGCUUGGAGGGAAGAUGGGAGGCUGCUUAGCCUUGGGCUGCCUGAUGUGCUGGUCACAGACGAGUCACCAGCAUCACCUGCUGACAUGAAAAUGAUGGAUCUUGAGCUGAGAUUGUAA